UCAACAUUGUCUUGGGCAUUUUAGUAAUUUGAGUAUGGAGAAGUCAUUAUGGCACCCGUUCUAAGCACUCGUUUUCUAGGGCAAUUGAAUUGCUGGGCGUUCCCUCAGCUCCAGGCGAGGAGUCUAUCUGCCCUCUCUGCCCAUAGCUGGUCCUAUCCGCCUUCAGUUUCAGAUGUUGCCAAAGAUGAGGUAACGAGGCUUGCGUCGAGUCCCCGGCGGCCUUUGACGCUCACAGACCUCCUCAAACAUGGACGCCCGCCGCUAUCACAAGAAGCGCUCCUCGCAUCAGCGAACUUUACUCUCUCUUUACUUCCUACUCGCCUAGCCUACCGGAUUCAAGCACUGAGAAAUCUUCCGUUUAUCGUCGUGUCGAAUCCGCAUAUUUCCAAAAUUUAUAACAAUUAUUUGCACUCUCUUUCAACCCUCCUUCCGUACCAGCAGCGGCGAAUUACAAGCAUGGAGGAGGAGAUACAGUUUACCGACGUCAUGGCUGAUCUUGUUCAAACCCAUACAAAUACUAUUCCCGUACUGGCACGAGGAUUUCUGGAAUGUAGGAAGUAUAUCAGCCCCGCCGAAGUCACUAAAUUUCUCGAAGAGCAUUUACGAGCCCGAAUCGGUACCCGAUUGAUAGCCCAACAGCAUCUUGCGUUGCAUAUGGCUUCGCAGCCACCAGUGGAUGGCACGAAGCAGGGAUGGACUACACCACCAAACUAUAUCGGAGUAAUCGAUACCGCACUACGCCCCGCACAGCUUAUUCGAACGUGCGAAGAAUUUGUUGCAGAAAUAUGUGAGCUAAAAUAUGGCGUUCGACCGCGCCUUGUGAUUGAUGGAGAACCAGAUAUCACUUUUGCACAUAUCCCCGUUCACGUGGAAUAUAUCAUCACGGAAUUAUUGAAGAAUGCGUUUCGGGCAGUUGUGGAAUCGGGCAAUGAACGUGAGCCGGUAGAGGUCACUAUAGCUGCUGCUCCAGAUGUACCAGAUCGCCAUACACAGGAGCAUUCCCUAAGUAGUGAGAAGCCUUCAGAUGCUGAAGUGGAUUUCCGUAUUGGCAAGGACAUUGGGGAAUUACCUGAUAGAAAUGAGCUGCUUGCGCCGCUUUACUCCUCCACUCAAAGUAUCACGAUCCGCAUCCGUGAUCGUGGAGGCGGAGUACAUCCUGAUCUUCUUUCUAAUAUCUGGUCCUACAAUUUUACCACUUAUAAAGAAGACGAUCUUCCAGGUGGAGAUAAUGGAAACAUUGACGCCCUGAAUGCCCUCUCCGGUAGCGGAGCCAACACCAGUAGCAUAGCUGGCCUUGGCUACGGGUUACCCUUAAGCAGAGCAUAUGCAGAAUACUUCGGUGGCAGUAUUGCAGUGCAGAGUCUGUGGGGAUGGGGAACGGAUGUAUAUCUAACUUUACAGGGUGUGGGAAAAGUCGAAUAACAUAUCAGAUCUAUUUUUCUAUCUCGAGAUGAUGAGAAAUUAAAAAAUAAAAGAAAAGAAAAGAAAAGAAUAUCUAGCCAUGACAAGAGACUUAAAAGAAGUUCGGCUGAAUCUUUCCAUUUGCCCUGUCUAAUAACCGCUGAGGGAUGAUGACAUCAUACACGCGCCCAGCCCAGGCACAGCAUAUCGAGCGCGUGUCUUUGGGAUCGACAAUUUCUUCCACCCCAAACGCAUUCGCCGUUCUGACUGGAUUCAUGAGUCGAAGAUAUUCUUCUUCCAGCUCCUUGUAUCGCUCUGCCUUUUUCCCGACCUCCUCUGCCUCUCGCAGUUCAUGACGGUGACCAACUUCGAUGCCGCCAUCUAAUGGUAGUGAUCCCCAUUGCCCGGAUGGCCAGGCACAUUGCAUUGCGGGAUCUCGACACCCAACCAUAAUACCGCCAGCCACACCAUAUACUCUCCUUGUGAUAACGUUGAAAAUUGGCAUUGUGGUGGAAAAGUAGGUCUUGCCAAGCUCUACACCCCAGCGCAUGGUCGCACUUCUUUCUGCUACAGUCCCAAUGGCGUAUCCGGCUUCAAAUAUUGUCAGUAAAGCGCUCGUCACUUUUGGUUGAAGGAGGAAUUGUCUGUUUGAUAGUACUUACGGACGUCAACGAAUUGAAGAAGUGGGAGGUUCAUCACGUCACACAACUUCAAAAAUCUGGUCAACUUUUGGCUUCCGGCCGCAUCUAAAGCGCCACUGUUUACUUCGCAAUUCGAGGAGAUAAGCCCCACGGGUCUACCUCCCAGUCUAGCGAGACCAGUGAUAGCAGUCGUCCCCCAUAGCGCCCCGAUUUCGAACCAUGAUCCUUGAUCAACCACAGAAUUUAUGAUGGUUCGGGGGUUGUACAUUCUCGUUUGCUUUCUUGGGAUGAUUGUUCGAAGCCCAAUAUCUUCUCUGCCCUCCGGGUCACCGCACGGAACCACAGGUGGUGCUUCGGUACCGCAAUUGGGCAAAUAUCCGAGAACAGUCCUGAGUUGCUCGAAGCAUUCUGCUUCGUUUGCGGCAAGAUUGUCUAUCGUGCCGUUUGUGCAAUGCAUCAUCGAACCGCCCAGGUCCUGGAAAUCGAGACCUUCCUCGAAAGUGGCGCCUUCAACGAUCUUCGGGCCGGCGUUGAAGAGAGCACCUAUGUCCGCUGCCAUAACUGAAAAAUGGCAGGAAACGACUCUUGCAGCGCCCAGUCCGAUCUACUCGCAGACAACAGUUCAGAAAAAUACCCAAACGCCCAAAUUUCAGAGGGAAAGGGAAACUCACCGCCGGUCCAACGACUGCACCUAAAUUCGGCACACCUGAGUUAAGUUGCUCAACCAUCGGAUGAAACGAGCUGACAUGCGGUAUGUACGACCAUCCCUCCUUUCUGAUCGUCGUCACACUCCCACCCCCCGAACUCCCAUCCACCAAUUUAAUAAUGGGCAAUUUCAUCGCAACGGCCAUUUUUUCCGCAUACAUGGUUUUCUCCGCUAUCGCGCCGUCCGCGUGUCCUCCACGAAUGGUGAAAUCAUCCGCAGUGAACACGAUGGUCCGGCCUCGCAACUUGCCUAGGCCCUGAAGAUUGUUGGUGGCCGUAAAUGCCACGGGUUUCUCUGUCAGUGGGCCUGUUUGCUGCCAUUUCACCCUGCCGCUGACGGACCCUAUUUCGCGAAACGUCCCUGGGUCAAGUAGCUGGUCGAUGCGUUCGCGGACCCAUAGCUUUCCAGCCUGUUUCUGUCUGAUGUAGCCUCUAUUUUGUAAGUCCGGAUUCGCAGCCAAGGUGCGUAUGGUUUCGAUUUGGCCGAGUACAUCGGAGUAGUCUGCUGGAAGGGCGGACGCUGAUUUUUUAGAUUUUUUGCUCUUCGGGUUGCUUCCUGAGAUUUGUGAGGAGAGCUGAUUGAGUCGGUUUGUAGCUUGGUUUUUCGAGUUUGAGGCAUCUAGCACGGUGGAGCUGCCGUUUGGGGGUCCGUUGCCUCCCAUAAUGGCUUCGUAGCUUCUUCUUUCCUCUGGAAUGGAAUAUCAGUAGUUGUCUUGAUCGACUUUACAAUCAAUUCUUCCACUCCGAAUUGUGCUGUAGGCAGGAUGUGCUGGGUAAAUAGUAAUAUAUACUUUCCGACAUUACCGAGAGCGAAUCGGUUUAAGCAAACAGAUAGCCGGAUUCCAACCCCAGGAAUUUCCCAUCCUCAUGCUUCAAAAUGUAGCUCCUGUGCCCGAACCUAUAUCGGCUGCUUUUCCGGCUAUACAAUCCGCAAUUGCCGAAAUAGGUUACACGGCAAGCCGAAAAACUGCUACACGUGAAGCUGCCCACGUAGGAUCGACUUGCGUAUAGACGACCAGCUUCAAACAGAACGGUGACAACGAUGAUUUCCCUUAAUCUUUUACGAGAAACCACACAUAUAUAUAGACGCAUUCAACCAGUUGUUGUUGUACGUGUGGAGUUUAACAACUGGUGAUGUGUUGUGUAGAUGGUUUGAUGGGCCGAACCUCGGCCGUUCUACGACUGCGGCAAAACCGAUCGUUCCCCGCAACAUCGAACCCACCCGAGCUGGGAACAGGCCAGUCAAGGGGUGAAGACAUGGAGGAAUAUAUUAUUUAAGUUAAAAAUCCUUUCGGGAGCAAGGGGGCAGGUGUUUAUUCCGGCUUAUUUUAAAUGAAUUCCUUUUGUGCUUCUUUUUUUCUGUGUGCGAUUGCUACUGAGGCUCAGUCGGCAAAAAUAGAGGGUUUAUGUUUUUUUUUUUUUUUUCUUUUUUUCUUUUUUUUUC